UGCUUUGCUGUGUAUUGCUGGUGAUGGUGCUAUAGUCCCGAAGAUGUCGCAAAUCUGCGGAAUAUCUUUUUGCUUCUCACUUCUUCUAAUAAAAGUCUACAGUUGCGGAGUAGAUGACCUAGUUCACAAGAAAUCAGAAAAUGCACUGGUGACUGUAAUAGAAAAAUUCGAGCAAAAAGCUGCCGCCGCUGACAAAUUAGACCGAGAAGGCACGAAGUCUCAGGAGGAAAUAUACCCUUAUUACGACGAUAUGUCUGUUGACGCCAACACCAUUGUAGACCUCUUGGACGAUGAUCCCACUAACGCUUACAAAUUUUUAGAAUUCGGUGGAAUUGGAACGGUAAUAAAUUCACAAUUAGCAAUAUUCCACUUGGGAUUACGGACGCAGUUAUUGAAUUUAACCAAGAAGCUUUUUGAGAUGGCGCCGUCCACUACUAAUGCCAUGAUGCCGCCUAAUGCAGUUGAUAAAAUAGUGGACAUAUUUGAAGGCGACAGCGAUGAAGGAAUAAAAGCCAAAGCGUUAGAUAUUCUUUACGUUUGGUUGCCUAAUAACCCAAGAAUUCAAGCAAGAGUCAUGAAAACGAAAGGUUUGGAACCUUUUUACGAGCAAGCAUUGAAACUGGACGGUACAGUCGUUAACAUAUUAUUAGAUUUGUUUAACAAAAUUUUAGAAGAACACUACUAUGUUAGGAGCCAGAAAAAGUAUAGCAGAACUUCAGAUCUUAACAGAUUAAACAUUUACAAGAAAAUCGGUCUCAUCGAGCGUCUAUCGAAUCCCGUUACGUGCAAUGGAUUGCUAAAUAUUUUUGAAGCAACGAAUUCCCGUUGGCAAAGUGCCGACGUCACUUUGCCGGUAUUUAAACUACUGAAAAAAGUAAACAACCAUUGUUUUGGUGUUUUCAAAGGGAAUAAUAAGGCGUUACAAAUCUUUGAAAAUUUCCUGAAAACUUUGACUGAGAAAGAAAGCUUUUUCUCUGAGAAGGGUCUGAAUGCGACUGAAUUCCGUAUUAUGUUAAAGACCUACAUCGAAAAGCUGAAAAUCCCACGCAAUGACGAACUUUAGUUUUUUACAAUUUCGUUUGCGUUUUCUACACGUUCCAUUUUAUUUGAUAAACGUGCAAAAUUACUUCUUCUAAACUUACAUUUUUGUUUCAUUAGCUAUUCAUCUGAUAUAUAGUCUAAUUAACUGCCUCUGUGGCCGAACUGUUACCAUGCCGGACAGCCACGCAGAGGUCCCAGGUUCGAUUCUCGGUCCGGGA